GAAGAGCAAGGAAACGAUCACAGCUUCGACGAGCGGGCCAUGAACCGCCAUUUCCAGGACGUCGAGUCGAGCUUCUUACCGGAGACAACAGCGGCGCCAGCGGUAGAGGAGCAGGAACCUAUAGGAGCGGAUGACACAUACUUGGAGUUGGCACAACCGCCGAGCGUGCAAAGCGGAGCAGAAGAUGAAGAGGAGCGUGAGCAAAGCAGUCAAGCGGACACACCAGCAGGAGGAUAUCAGACUGCUGCGGCCGAGCGAUUUGAUGAUGGCCAGGAUGAAGAUGUCCCAGGAGAGCAUCCUUCGUCGCCGGCGGCUGCGGCGGCGGAGAGGACACAUGCGCGGACUGCGAGCUCUGCGAAGCUCACGCGGACGCAGCCUACAUCCAUCACCAUGGAGUCGAACAGUCGCAGCAGUCCGUCACCUUCAAUACGCGGGAUGCGGCCGCCCUCUGCUGGCUCCACGCUUCGCGAUACUUCCUCUCCACAACCGGCAAAGCUCAGCGUAGGACCCUCGGAGUCAUCUUUUCUGUCCAGUCCGAACGGCGACAAGCCCACUCAGCUCAAUCCUCGCGCGAGUAUGCGAAACGCUCGACAAGCGAGCGCCAUAUCAAUGCUGUCCAGCGUCACUAAUACAUCGGACUUGUCCGGAAGCGAGGCGGUGUAUAAUACCGACUUUGCGUUACAGACUGGCGGUGCGACCGGCGACCGAACGACCAAAGCUACGUCCAGACCGAAGCGCGCAGUCAAUCGAGUACCAAGCAUAGCCAGCGUCGGAAGCUUUAUGUCCGCAGGCGAGUCGUCAUUCCCAAGAGACGUUAGCAACGCUUCUCUGCUUGCGUCUCGAGCAGAAAGCAGAUUCGAUGGCACGCGUAGCAUGGCAGGACUGGAAACACCGCGCGCAACAACUUCCAACUUUCAUGCGCCGACCGAUACCGUUAUCGCACAGCAUGUCCAGAGCAUUCAGGUCCCGGAGACGGUAGCUAGGAACUUCCGUCUUCGCAAUCGAUCAGCAUCGCCGGAGAAACGUCCUGCCUCAUCAGGCGGCUUUGGCACGAGUUCGGUGCAGGGACCGCGACGAACAUUGACGUUGAAGGAGCAGAACAGCAAGAUUGACAAGCUUACCAAGGAGAACUUUGACUUGAAGUUGAAGAUCCACUUCUUGGACCAAGCGUUGCAGAAUCGUUCGGAUGAUGGUGUCAGGGAGUUGAUCGAGAAGAACGUGCAGUUUCAGACAGACCUUGCGAAUGAACGGAAAGAGGCGCAGAGUCUCCGAAAGAAGAUGAAGGAGAUGGAGAAGAGAAUGAAGGAGCAGGAAGAUGCCCUGAAAGAAGCCAGGCAGCAGAAGCACACCGAGAGGGACGACGAUGAUGACCCGGUUCUGCAAGCAGAGAUGCACGAGGAGAUUCUUUACCUUCGACAACAACUCGACCACUCCGAGAACACAGUCACCACUCUCCGCGAUGAAGUCAUGACAAAAGAGUUCGAGAAACGUAAAAUGGCCGAACACAUGCGCGGUAUGGCUGGUAAGCGUGGAGAGGACACUUCUGGUAUGAAGGAGAACAUGGACAUGUGGCAAGAUUUGUUGAACGCCGAGACCGGUCGCCGUGAGCAGGCCGAGGAGGACCUUACCAAGCUUCGCAAGGAACUCAAUGCGCUUCGCGUGGAAAGGCAGUCUCCCGUGGCGAGUCGGACCAGGAAUGGUCACUAUGCUGACGAGGGCAACGACGCCCACAACGAGGAGCUAGCAGAAUCCAACGCUGCGAUUGAGCAGUUGAAGCAUGAGAAUUCCGAGCUGAGGAGAGAUCUCGGUGCGCAGACCAGCAUGCUCACUUCUCGAAAUCGUGAGCGCGAACGGCUGCAGCAGGAGAUUGAAGAUCUCAAGUUACUGCAACGCAAAGGUGAUGCAAGGUCUGUUGCAGGGGAAAGCAUCUUCGAUCGAUCAAUCUCCCGAGCGCAUCAUCAACGCAGUCAGUCUCGAGCCGGUAGCGAACUCCCGAUCUUGAAUGAGGUCGAGAGGGAGGAGUGGGACCGGAAGGAGGGUCAGCUACGAGACCAGAACGCCGAGUUGAGGAUCAAGUACCAAGAGCUGGAAAGGAGCCACAACACCCAUCUUCAGUACGUGACCGUGCUCGAAGGCGACUUUCAAGAAAUGGAGCAGGAACUCGGCGAGUGUCAGGAUGAUCUUCUCAAACUCCAAACUGAGCGCGAUGACACACUGCAGGCAUACGAGGAGAAGGAGCAAGAGUAUGCCCAACUCAAGGAGGAAGCACUGACCGAGAUUUCUGCUUUGGACGAGGAGAAGAAGGCACUCGAGCAAGACUUGACCAAUGCCGAGAACCGACUUCAAAAGACGCUGAACAAGCUGCAGACUACCACGGACGGCUACAGAGGUCUGCAGGGCGAAUUGCGUGAAAUUACUCAGAGCGUGAUGAACCUGGAAGACGAAAAACAGGCCAACAUGAAGACGAUCCAGAAUCUGGAGUCGCAGAUCUCGGAAAUGGAGGAGGAGAUAUCGAAGUGGGAGCAGAAAUGCAGUGAGGUGGAGGAGAAGAAUCGCAAGCUGGAGAUCACCACAGAGAGCCUGCACUCGGAAAUCACAUUCUUGCGCGAGGAGCAGGAAGGCGACAAGAUCAAGAUUGGCGAGUUGGAGGAUGCGCUCAAUGCCGCGCAGCAUCAAAUAUCAGACGAGCAAGAGAAGUUGCGUGAAGUCGAGGAAGGCAUCUUUGAGGAGAGGCAGCAGCGAGACGUCUUGGAGAACAAGUCAAAAGAGGACGUGCAGAAAGUGCUUGAUGAUCUCAACAGCGAGAACGCAAAGUCGAAGGAUGAGGUCCGUCGUCUGCGUCGCAGCCUCGCCACGAAGGAAGUCGAGUCUGGUAGCUGGAAGCAGAAACUGGACGAGCUUGAGCAGAAUCUUCGUUCUAUUCUGGGCGAUCCUGAUGGUACCAAGCAGAGUCUGCUGGCCGAGAUUGAGAAACUGCAACGCGAUUUGGAGACGACUGCUGGCCAGCUUGAUCGCGCAAAGAUGGAUCUCUCUGACAAAGAUCGUCUGCUUCGCCACCGCGACGGACUCCUCGAGAGCACCAGUCUGGAAAGCCGUCGUCUUUCUGACCUCCUCGAGAAGGAGCGUUCGUCCCGCAAGCACGAUCUGGAGCAGUUCGAAAAGGCUUCCCGAGGUCAAGCCACUCAUAUGCGCACCAUUGCACAGCAGGAAUCUCGCGUCCUCGAGCUCGAAACCGCAUACAGCCAAGACAAGCGCAAGAUGGCGCUCCUCGAAUCGCAGUUCCGCGACCAGCUCAGCGAUCGCAACACCCUGCUAUUUGCAUUGUGGAACCGUUUGUCCACUCUGUGUGGUGCAGACUGGACGCAGACGAAUGGCAUGGUCCACGGCGAGAAUACCACGAUUGAGGUCAUCGCCCGCAAACAGCUUCACCCAUUCCACGACAACAUCCUCAAUGCCGUCAAGACGAUCGAGGCUCUGCUUGGCGGCUUCAAGGGUCGCAUCCGCAGCAUUGAGAAAGAGCUAUGGCGUGACUACCAGACUCUCGAGCACAAUCUCUCACUUCGUAUCAAACGCCAAGACGCCCUC